UUUUAAAAACAUCGAUGAUUUCGAUGUUGCGAUUGGAUAUUGCACUAUUUUAUUUUCGCUAUCCACACGUAAUUUCGGAAUUUUCGAGGAAAAAAAGCGACGCUGCCAUUCACUUAUCGCCAAAAACGUGCGUUGAAACCCGUGGCACACACCCACGGCCUUGAGAUGGACGAAGACUCGGUUCCGAAGCAGCCGUCGGACAGGCGUCUGGGCAACGCGGUCGAUCUGCCCCCGGGUCCACCCGGCGUCGACGAGAAAAGCGGAAACGGGAAGAGCGAGACUAGAGGCAGUGCGUCGGGAAAGGGCGCCAAGUCUAGUUCCAGGCGCCGAUCGACCUCACGUGGCCGCUCCGAUUCCCGCAAUGCCACCUCGCCCCCAGCCACGCGGCGUAGGCGCUCCAUAUCCCGCUCGCCGACGCCCCCACGCCGUGGUCGUUACGACUCCCCCGACUACGGGAGGUAUCCCCGUCGCCGCUUCGACCGCCGACGCUCUCCUCCCCGGCGCAAUCGCCGCUACGGACGCUCCCGCUCCCGUAGCAUAUCACCCCGACGUGGCGGUCGCUGGUCGCCUAAAAAGAAGCCAGCAUCGCCGCCAAUGCCCCCCCAGCAAAUGGCACCGGCCUACGGCGUCAUGGCUCCUCAGAUGUACGAUCCGUACGGCGCUCCACCCGAUGUCUAUGGCCACCAGUACGGAAUGCCGCCAAACGCCUUUCCGCCCCAGGUGCCGCCUUCUGGCUACGGCAUGCCAGUUCCUCCCGAGCAGACCUCGUUCGCCCCUGGCUAUGGACCACCGCCCACAGGGGCUUGGGGUGUUAGUGAGUAUGGACAGCAAAUGUGGAUGACACAGCCCAUGGGAGGAGUUCAAGUGCACCCGUCCGCUCCGGACGGACUGGUCCAGCCGCAGCAGGCCCUCGAAACUCCGCCGGAGAAGCAGAUGGAGGAGGAUCAAAAGGUGCCAGCGCUCGACGGCGCAGGUUUGCCGCCUCAGGACGCCCUGGCGCAAGAGGCAGAGAAGCAGAAGGAUGAGCUCAAAAAACAGCGGGCCAACUACGUCAAGAAGGUAACGCUGCUUAAGAAGGAAAUGAAAGUACUGAGGGAACAGCGCGAGGAUUUGACAGCCGGCGAGGCACCGCCCUCUCCAACCACCAAGACUUUCAUCUCGGAAAACGAUCGCCUGCAGAUUCAAAUUAAGAAGAAACUGGACACAAUCGAAAACGUUAUAGACAUGCUAAACAGCUUAAUUGGGUCAGAUCACGAGGACGAGCCUCUCAAGUCCAAGGCUCAUGGAAAGCCACAGUCAGAGCAACAGGGCAGCCGAUCCCACUCCUCCAGUGAUAGCUCCGCUGACAGCUCGGACUCCAGCGCCUCGUCCAGUAGCUCUACGGAUUCGUCGUCCGAUGGCGAGGACGAGGAGGAGACCGGCGGCGCCGAGGGCAGUCCCACCAAUCGGCUCAAGCACCGCGCCAUCAAGUCUAUGAAGUCUAAGCAAAGAUGCGGUGAAACGAAGCCAGUACCAGCUCCAGCACAAAACAACAAUUUUGUGUUCUUCGAUCCCGAACUGCAUUGGUGCGAGAGCUGUGGCGUUUUUCCAAAGACCGCUCGCGACUAUUUAAAGCACUUGCAUGCCGAGGAACACAUGAAUCGCGAGACCAUAGAAACGCCCUGGCAUGUCGGCAUCGACCACGAUCCCUUUCCCACAUUUGAAAACGCGCCCGUAAAGCGCGUCCCUGUGCGUGGCAUGCAGUUCCUGGUGCCGGCCAAUGCCUGGUUCUGCAAGCUCUGCAGUGUUUGGAUCGGAGACUUGCACUGCGCCUCCGCUCAUCUCAAGUCCAGACUACACUCAAACAAGUAUGAGCUAUUUAUAACCCAGACUCCCAACUAUGAAACCGAGUGGCAAGCAAACCGUGAGCGGGCCAUGAAUCAGCAGAAGGAGCUCGAUGACUCUAAGAACAAAAAGUCCAAGAAGGAUGACGACAAGGCGUCCAAAAAGCGCAAGAAAAAGAGCGGUGACAAAAAGAAAAAGAAGCGUAAGCAUGGGAAGAAGAGCAAGCGAAAUGCACUCGACGCCAACAGCUCAUCUUCGUCCUCUGAUAGCUCUUCGUCGGAAGAGGAAAAGCCGCAGCAACCAAAGAAAGGUCGUACCGAGGAGCCAGCAAGCGGUCAAGCAGAAAAAUCAAUUAAUGCCGCCUCGAUACGCGUGACCAUGCGAAAGCAUGAGACCCCCCUAGCAGCCUCUUCGAAGCCGGAAGUGCCUUUUCAGUCGCCUGCACCACCGCCUCCUCCGGUCAUAAAAGAUGCCAUGAAUGCUUCAGGCCGGGGCAAGUGGACUUCUGCCCCCGGCGAAGAGCUGAAAGAGGAGCAAAAGAAGCGGGACGAUGUCAUGCUGAAGCAGUGGAACACUGUCCAGCCGGUCAUAAGCGAGAGUGAGAAGAAACUGCUGGAGCAUCUCAAAGGCAGGCUGAAGAACAAGGGACCCCGUGAAUCGGAGGACCGUAAAAUAACACCGCAUGCAGCGUUCGCAGCUGAUGAAAAGUCCAAGCGGGGCGGAGGGCGUCGUUCCCGAUCCCGAUCCCGUUCCAAGCGACGCAGCCGCUCUCGAAGCAUAAGUCGCGGGCGGGACCGAGAUCGGCGCGACCGUGAGCGGGAUAGAGACCGUGGCCGCCGUGGUCGUCGGUCUCGCAGCCGUGGCAGGCACUACUCUCGUUCGCCCUUGAGGUCCAGCCGCAGAAGUCGUUCCCGGGAGGGGCGAAGCCGCCGUAGCCGCAGCCGCUCCGACGAGCGGGUGGAGCGUCCAGUGAUCAAGCAUUCCGAGUUCCGGCCCCGAACGGUGCCCGAACGCAAGCAGCCGGAGAGUAAGCGGGAGAAGAAGGAUCCAGACAGCAAGUCGAAGUCGAAGACCAGCACCACCACGCUGCCUGGUGGCAAGAAGCUGCCCUUCAUUGGCAAGAUGCCAGUAUUCAAGAAGCAGCCGCUAGCCGCUGCCAGCUACGACGGUGCCGCUGCCGUCUACACCAACGGCUGUUUGGAGGCACCUCCGCCGCCGCCUCCGCCUAUGGGCGGAACCACCCCUGGACAGGUGGCUGCGCGUCAGCUGGCACCGACAGCGGCUCAGAUUCAGAUGGCCAUGAUGGAAGAUGCCUUCGGCAACGCUCCUCCAUUUCAUCCUGAUGCGGGUAUGAUGGUAGACUACGACGAGCUGAUGCCAGAUCCCGUCCAGUUCGCCAGCUUGAUGACUAGUUGCCCGCCUCCUCCGCCGCCGGGAGAAGGCUCCGAUGGGGAAGCCCAUGACUCAGGGGACGGCGAACAGCGUCAAAACGAAAACCAUGAGAAGGACGUCUUGCCGCCUGGCAUUGACGAAGCCGAAUCCGAUCUGGUAGCGCAGCCGUUGGACGUAGCGGCUCCACCACGCGACGGGGAACUGCCAAAGGACCUGGCCGAGGCUCUCAACAUAAUAUUCCCCAGCGAGGGAGCGGCACCGGAGGCAACGACCGAAAAGCAAAGUGAGCCGCAGACCAUCACCACCAUCGUUGAGGACGAUGCAGUGCUCAGCGAGCAUAGCCUUCAUGACCUGGCCAAGCAGGGUAUUCACCUCGUGACCAUUGACGAGGCAGAAGCGUCCAAGAAUGCAGCAAUGCUAAAAUCGAAGGAUGACAAAGAGUCACAGAUUCUGAAUGGCAAAUCCGAAACUGGAGGGAACUUGAAACAGAUCGAAGCGGAGGACAUCCCCAUGCCCAGCUCCCCUCCUGCCUCUCCGCCAGUCGACGACGAGGCGAAGAGCAAGGUGGUCCAGAAGCAGGCGGAUAUCUCAGACAUACCACAGCCGCCGGCAUCGCCUUCGGACAGUGAGAAGCUUCGGCGGCAGGCGGAGCUCGACGAGUUGGCCAUGCUGGGCAUCGACAGCAGUGACAUGGCAGCACAAUAUGCGCUGUAAGGCUGAAACGGCAAACAGUGACGCCACUUACUCGGAUGUACGGAUCGAAUGACACGUCGGGUUGACCCAUAAGAAGUGGAACAGUUUUAAAAUAUAGUUUGACACCUGUGUAUGAGUGUUUAUGUGACGGAAUGUUU